AUGGUCAAGCAGAGCAUCGACGCCAAGGUGCGGCCGCUGGCGAAUGCUGGCCUCGAAAAGGCAUCCCUCUUUGGCGCCGCCCGCCUCUACAUCAGCAAAGACUCCAUGAUUGCCCUGACCAACGGCCUUGAGAGCAACAAAGCUUGCAUCGUGGAGAAGCUGCCCGACGACUCAGCGCCUGACUGGGAGCCCGUCAAGCGCGAAGCCUCGCUAUGCGUGCUGCCCGAGAAGAAUCUGAGCCCCAACGUCGUCAUGAUGACCAGGGCCUUCCAAGACGCCUCGGGCUUUCGAGUAGGCGACCAGGUCCGCAUAUCACUGCUCGAAGCAACGCCCGACGCAGACGAAGUUGUUGUGCGCAACAUGACAGAAGGCGGCGAGGCAGAGGCCAGUAAACCCACAAAGUACCAGCCCUGCUGGGAGUACUCGCUCGGUCUAUCACUAGAACGCGCAGAGCAAGUCUUCCCCGGCAUGGUCCUCGAAGGCGUCAACAUCAACAAGACGCGCCGCACAUACAAGGUCCUAUCCGUCAACGGACAGGCCGCCAACCUCGCACGCUUCCAUCUCUCCACCACAACCCUCCGCAUCCUCUCCUCCUCCGACACGGACGACUCGAUAUCCACAGCAGCUCCCGUGGCCCUUCCUGCAGGCGAUCUCGAAAUCAAAGACGUCCCCGGCCUCGCCAACCAAGUGGCCGUGGUGAACCGCUUCCUCAAAGGCUUCUCCCGCCAAUUCUGGGUCGCCGACGAGCGGGAAUCAUGCGCCUUUGUCAUCCACGGCGGCCACGGCACCGGCAAGACAUUCAUUCUCAACAAGCUCGCUGCCACAGAAUGGGGCAAGGUCUUCUGGGUCAAGCCCGCCGACAAACUGGCCUCGAUCCGCGAGACAUUCAAGAUUGCGCAGACGCAGCAGCCGUGCAUGAUCCUCAUUGACGGCCUCGAGGACCUCAUCCACAAGGACCGCUCGAACCGCGACGCCGUGAUUGACGCACUAGCCGACGAACUCGACGCCCUCUCUGCCACAGCCUCCAAGCACAACCAGCUGCCGUCCGUUGUCGUCCUCGCCACAUGCCUCGACUACAUGACCGAUGUCCCCGCCAAACUCCAGAAGCGCUCACGCCUCCGCGACAACAUUGCGCUGCCCAUCCCUCGAGCCCCCGAGCGCCUCGAGAUCCUCAACUUCCUCAAUCCGCCCCUCCCAGCCGCCGACAAAGCCGCAUGCCUAAAGAGCAUCGCGGAGCGCACGCACGCCUACAACGGCGACGACCUGGCCAACCUAGUCCUCAACGCCAAGCGCAUGCUCGGCAACCGCCUCGACUCCUCCCCUCCCUCCGACUCUUCUACCCCCCAGCUCCUUGCUCCAUCGGACAUGGAGCAAGCACUCCGCAUCACACGCCCAACCGCCAUGCACGACAUCAACCUCAACCCGCCGACCAUCCACUGGACCGACGUCGGCGGCCAAGAAGCACUCAAGAAGAUCCUCAGCCGCAUGAUCAAGAACACCAAAGCCACCAACCCAGCGUCCGCCGCCGUCCUGCGCACCCCGCCCAAAGGUCUCCUCCUCUACGGCCCUCCCGGCUGCUCCAAGACGCUCUCCGCCCAAGCCAUGGCCACCGAGUCCUCCUUCAACUUCUUCGCCGUCAAGGGCGCCGAGCUACUCAACAUGUAUGUCGGCGAGUCCGAACGCGCCGUCCGCACGUUAUUCGAGCGCGCGCGCGCCGCAUCCCCCUCCAUCAUCUUCUUUGACGAGAUCGACUCGAUUGGCGGCCAGCGCAGCCCCGGCUCCGGCUCGGCAUCGCGGUCCUCCGGGUCCGUCAACAUGCUGACCACGCUGCUCACGGAGAUGGACGGCUUCGAGUCGCUGACAGGUGUGCUGGUGCUUGCGGCCACGAACCGGCCUGAAGCCAUGGACCCGGCGCUGAUGCGGCCCGGCCGUUUUGACCAGGUGGUGUAUGUUGGCCCGCCGGACCUGGCGGCGCGCGAGCAGGUGUUUACUGUACAUUUGCGCGGGUUGACGCUUGCUGAAGAUGUCUCUGUUGCUGAGCUGGCCAAGGCGGCGGAGGGGUACUCGGGGGCGGAGAUUAAGGCGAUUUGCAAUGAGGCUGGUCUGGCGGUUCUGGAUCGCCAUGAUGAGAGUGAUGGCGUGGAGAAGCUGGAGAUUCGGAUGCAGGAUUUACUGGAUGCGAUGGAGCGGACGGCGAGGAAUAUUACGCCGUUUAUGAUUUCGGGAUAUGAGAAUUGGAGUAAGCAGUUUAAGAAGAAGUAG